UGCUGCUGAAGUGGGGCGGGGGGAGUGGAGGAAAUAAGCUCGAGGAGCGGCAUCCUCCUUGCGCUACCCGAGGCAAAGAGGCCAGAGAGGAGGCGGCGGGCGGAGGAAGCAGAGGAACCUACUGCAGAGAAGAAAGUGUCGGAGCCGGUUCGGCUUUAGAGUGUGGUGAAGGGUACUUUUCAUGUUGCAUGGAAGGAAAGCCAAUGCGCAGGUGUACCAACAUUCGACCAGGAGAGACUGGAAUGGAUGUAACAAGCCGCUGCACCCUUGGAGACCCCAACAAACUGCCAGAAGGGGUUCCCCAACCUGCCCGCAUGCCCUAUAUCUCAGACAAGCACCCUCGACAAACCUUGGAAGUGAUUAACCUUCUGAGAAAGCACCGGGAGCUGUGCGAUGUGGUGCUAGUUGUGGGCGCUAAGAAGAUAUAUGCCCAUCGAGUCAUUUUGUCAGCCUGUAGUCCCUACUUCCGAGCUAUGUUUACAGGAGAAUUGGCAGAGAGCCGUCAGACGGAAGUUGUGAUCCGAGACAUAGAUGAGAGGGCUAUGGAACUACUGAUAGACUUUGCAUAUACCUCCCAGAUAACUGUGGAAGAGGGCAAUGUUCAGACCCUUCUGCCAGCUGCUUGUCUCCUUCAGCUGGCAGAAAUACAGGAAGCCUGUUGUGAAUUCUUAAAGAGACAAUUAGAUCCUUCUAACUGCCUGGGCAUUCGGGCUUUUGCUGACACACAUUCAUGUCGUGAGUUGCUAAGGAUAGCAGACAAGUUCACUCAACAUAACUUUCAAGAGGUGAUGGAAAGUGAAGAGUUCAUGUUGCUUCCAGCCAAUCAACUCAUUGAUAUAAUAUCUAGUGAUGAACUAAAUGUUCGCAGUGAAGAACAGGUGUUCAAUGCAGUGAUGGCCUGGGUUAAAUACAGUAUUCAAGAAAGACGUCCUCAGUUACCCCAGGUGCUGCAGCAUGUUCGUUUGCCUUUGCUUAGUCCCAAGUUUCUGGUGGGUACUGUAGGCUCUGAUCCCCUCAUCAAAAGUGAUGAAGAAUGCAGAGAUUUGGUAGAUGAGGCUAAAAACUAUCUUCUAUUGCCUCAAGAACGACCACUAAUGCAAGGACCAAGGACAAGACCACGGAAACCUAUUCGAUGUGGAGAAGUACUCUUUGCAGUUGGUGGUUGGUGCAGUGGAGAUGCCAUUUCCAGUGUUGAACGAUAUGAUCCACAGACCAAUGAAUGGCGAAUGGUAGCUUCAAUGAGCAAAAGGCGAUGUGGAGUUGGGGUCAGUGUUCUUGAUGACCUGUUAUAUGCAGUAGGAGGCCAUGAUGGGUCCUCUUAUCUCAAUAGUGUUGAAAGGUAUGACCCCAAAACAAACCAAUGGAGCAGUGAUGUUGCUCCUACAAGCACCUGCAGGACAAGUGUUGGUGUGGCUGUGCUUGGAGGCUUUCUCUAUGCUGUGGGUGGCCAGGAUGGAGUGUCUUGCCUCAACAUCGUUGAGAGGUAUGAUCCGAAGGAGAACAAGUGGACUCGGGUGGCUUCUAUGAGUACUAGAAGACUAGGCGUGGCUGUGGCUGUGUUAGGAGGGUUUUUAUAUGCUGUAGGUGGCUCUGAUGGGACAUCUCCACUCAACACAGUGGAGCGUUAUAAUCCUCAGGAAAACAGAUGGCACACCAUAGCCCCUAUGGGGACCCGGAGGAAACACCUAGGCUGUGCAGUGUAUCAGGAUAUGAUCUAUGCCGUAGGAGGUAGAGAUGACACUACAGAGCUUAGCAGUGCUGAGAGAUACAACCCCAGAACCAACCAGUGGUCUCCAGUGGUGGCUAUGACAUCCCGCCGUAGUGGAGUUGGCCUGGCAGUAGUGAAUGGACAGCUCAUGGCUGUAGGAGGUUUUGAUGGCACAACGUACUUGAAGACCAUUGAAGUUUUCGAUCCUGAUGCCAAUACAUGGAGGUUAUAUGGUGGUAUGAAUUACCGUCGGCUUGGAGGUGGUGUAGGAGUUAUAAAAAUGACACAUUGUGAAUCCCAUAUAUGGUGAACAUAUAGAAGACAGUCAUGCAUAUGCUCCUCUGUAUUGUGGAGAGCUUUGACUUUGGAGCUUUGUACAGCUCUAGAAAACAGUAAACAAAUUUUAUUCUUUGCCGGUGCCUCAACAUGUGGAAAUACAAAUACAUUGAAAGUACUUCACCUGCAAGACGCCACCUUUGCACAAUAAUUUUCAGUUCUGUGCAGAAGAAUAUUUAUUUUUGGUUUUAAUUUAUCAUGGGAUUUUUGUUGCUGGGUUUUUGGUUUUUUGUUUUUGUUUUGGGAUUUAGCCUUCCUCCCACCAAAA